UAUUUUUCCUGCUUUCAUUGGAAGGGACAGUGACCUGGCUUCCAAAUGGCCUGAAAGUUAAGCUGAAGAAUAAAAGCAGUGUGGUUAUUUUUAGAGCUCUACAGGCAUAAAAAUACAGCAUGGAACUGUGACCCACGGCUAUGCACAGCAAAGCAGCACAUCAUGCGACAAUCUUCACCUCAGCUGGGAGAGCAUCUGUAGUGCCUCACACGCCUGCUCUUCAUUCCGUUUCCAGAGACUCUGCAGCAUGCAUUUGGGACCAGCAUCCAUAGCUGCCGGCAUCUUUUGCAAACAAAAAAAGCUACAUUCAAAAGUUCCAGUAGGUAAAUAAGGAGACACGUUCCUUCACCGGAGGACACCUCCAAGAGAAUGAGACCUGCCUGAGUGAAGCAGUUUCAACUCCAGUUAAAGCAAAUUCUCUGGCAACAUUCCCACAGUACAUCGACUACUCAUCAGCCUAAAAAUGCCACUUUUCAGCUGGAUGAAAUGGCCCAAAACGGAUUCCUACCAGCAAACCCAGCGUGCCGGCUCCGACGGGGUGACCAAGACUCUGCUUCGGGAGUUAAAAUGGCAUCUGAAGGAGCGUGAGAGAUUAAUACAAGAGAUCGAAAAUGAACAGAGAGUGAAAAGAACAGGCGUGGAUUACAACUGGCUGAGGAACUACCAGAACCCUCAUGCAACCAUCCCAGCUACUGAACAAAGACAACUGGAAGUUCUGUGCUCUCAAGUGCAGCCCUGUCAAACCGGAACCAUCCUCAGCAGAUUUCGAGAACUUUUGGCAGAAAAUGAUGUACUUCCCUGGGAAAUAGUCUACAUCUUCAAGCAAGUUCUGAAAGACUCCCUCAGCAGUCCUGACAGAGGGGGUCAGCACGCUGGCCUGGGGGACUCUGACAUCACCUGUUCCCCGGCCCCUGUGCUCCCAGGUGAAAGCUCUGAGAGGCCAGACAAAGAUGAAAUACCCACAAUUUCAAGUUACGUAGACAGAAAUGCCAAGAACAGGUUUCCAUCAUGCUCACACAGAGUAUGGAACCUGCCAUACUAUUACCCAUCGAGUUAAGGAGCACCAUGGUCACCUUAGAGCCAGAGCUGUGAGCAUCAACCAGAACAAACAGUCAUGUGACCCCAGGUUUCUGACCUUGUUACAUGAUCAGAAGUUAAAAUUCCUGGGUUGCCAACCUAUUUUAGCAGCAUUGCUUUUUAACGACUCUAAAUAGUCAAUAUUUUAGUUGGUUAGUAUGCUUUUAACUAAAAUGUCGCCUAAAUGUUUAAAUAUUUUCUUAUACCUCAAACAUGUCACAGAACUAGGGAAAUUUAAUAUGAAGUCUGACAUAUUUUUUGUGAAACUUAAUGAACCUUGACUUUUAUUCUAAGAGAGUCCAUGUGUAGAAUAAAUGAUUAAUGUGAACUUCUCCUUAUAAUGCGAUACUGAAAUGAAGUCAACAUCCAUUACAUCAAGUCGCCCUCCACAGAAACAAGAGAAAGGGGCCAUGAUCGUGAAAACAAUCUUCCAUUUAAAAGCAUAGCAGUGCUUUCCCUGUUUUUGAGAAAAGUUCACUACGUCACAGGUAGGAGUUUGGAGAGAGGAUGGAGGUCAGUCAUGAGGCAGGCCAGCAGCUGCACGACAAAGGGGCGCCAAGAAGCCCCAAGUAGGGGGAGAGGUACUUAGGUUCUGGCCAGAUCCAAAAGGAAGGAAACAAAGAAAACUUCAUGCCCUCUCUGAGUCCUGACUCAUAUCCAACAGAACCUCAUAGCAGCCCCUGGGAACUGCCGACAAUCUGAUUUCUAGUCAUAGUUAACAGAUCCAGGGUUUUAUACCUCAUGCUGUUUACAAUGCCUAAAUUUGGUGACGGAAUUAAGGUUAAAUCUGUGCACGCAUGUGUGCAUGUGUGUGCGCGUGUAUUAAGUACUUAGGACUCCUGGGGUGCUUCAGGUACAUUUUAUUAAAAAUUAUAUGGGCACAAUAGCUAAAAUUUUUAGCUAGAGAAUAGAGAAAAUAAGUUCAUCCACAGAAAAACAGCUGUACAGUACUUUACACAACAGACUUUAAAAGUUGUCAUUACUAGCCAGACCAAUCUGUUUAGCAAUGCUAAAAUAAUUCUACAUGCUGAGUACUGUGCAUAACUUCUCAUUUAAUCCAAACCUUGUACAUCUGAGAUGUAAUUCUCACUUGACAAAGGAGUGAACAGCACAGACAAGUUCAGUGCCUUGCCAAGCUCAAGGUAACUAGCAGAGCUGGAAUCACACCCAGCCUGUCCUACCCCAACCCCAAGCUACUUUCCACAGUCCAAAUGCAAUUAACAGUUGUCUAUCUGACACAUCCUCUUGGA